GCACCUCUGAAGGGGACAAGAAGACUGAGAAGAGCCCAACAGAUGACAAGAACAAGAAGCCACAGCCAGGGAUUCGUGGUGGCUAUCUGCAGUCUCACUAUUUUGUGGCACUUUAUCGCUUCAAAGCCCUCGAGAAAGACGACCUGGAUUUCCCUCCAGGGGAGAAGAUCACCGUGGUCGAUGACUCCAAUGAGGAAUGGUGGCGGGGGAAGAUCGGUGAAAAAAUUGGCUACUUUCCUCCAAACUUCAUCAUCCGGGUGCGGGCAGGCGAGCGGGUGCACAAGGUGACACGCUCCUUCGUGGGCAACCGGGAGAUCGGGCAGAUCACGCUCAAAAAGGAUCAG